ACAGAGCUGCUGUUUGAUAGGCUGAAAAAGUUUGGAACAGGCGUGGCAUCAUGCGAGCCUGAAAGUUCUUUGUAUGUUGCAGUUGGAAGUUUAUUCAGAGCGUUUGCAAAGGAGCUGUAAGGUACCUUCCGAGUGUGUAGCGGCGUGUUUGGAUUAUUGUUUAUAAAUGGGAGCCAAAGCCAGUCGAGGGCGUACUGAGCCGGACCAGAUCCAUGGGGUUCGAUAUAAUGAAAUAAGUCAUGCUGGCAAAGAUGAGGUGCAGCGGAGGAGACGAAAUGAGCGACACAGCGUUGUGCCUGAUAUGAGCUUUACAGAACAACUCAGUCCGGGGCUCAACCGAUCUGAAUGCCUUUUCGAUGAUAUUCGGGAGCAACAGAGUGGUGUCCGGAAUAGUAUAUCCCCGCCGUUACAGUGGCUAAACAUGUCUGAGAAUUCACCGCGAACCGACUCGAGAUGGCAUCAUGGACUCAGGGGUGCAGCAGCUAGGGAGCUCCCAGCAAACCGUGACCCCCACCUAAAUGCAGCAGCACUUAGGGUAGACUGUAUGGUGGGGAGGGGAGGUCGUCACCAUCCCCGACCCUUGUCUGAGUCCGAUAGAGGUGUCUACAUCUUAACUAGUAUUUUUGUGUGUCCCUUCUGCAAGAAGAGCGUUCCUGUACCAGAGGCCAGACUUCACCUUACAGAGUGCCUCAAGCCUGCUCGUGUGUCUUACAAUGUCGAUCUUCUGAACAGGGAUGCUGGCGAAUGUACCAUAUGCCUAGAAGACCUGAAGGAAGGAGAAACUAUUGCUAGACUAGCUUGCCUGUGCAUUUACCACAAAAGCUGCAUUGAUUCCUGGAAUAAGGUGAAACCCACAUGUCCUCAGCAUCCUUUUGACUGAUGAAUUUCUACUCUGUUCACUCAGGAUUUAGCUUGCCAUACCAAAAUGUCCAAUGUGGCUGUAUCGGAGGACAUUUUACAUGCAGGGAUGAAAUACCUCGGAACUACCUUUUUAAUGCUGUGCGGCCCAGCUCCAGGAACCUUUUUUUUUUCCUCCCAACUCCUGGACCCGCUUGCUCAGAAGGAUAACUGCCUAUGCAUUUUGAAUACAUGUGUACUCCAUUGAUAUGGACGGGAUCUUGCAGCCUUUUAACUACAGCAGAGAAAAAGGUUUAAGAAUGAAUUCAGGAGUUGGAAACUCCUCUUGUUGUAAUACAGUGGAACAUAAGAUUUAUUAUUGAUUUAAGAAUUUUCCUAAUAUAUCUGGCUGGAACCAGAAGUUCUGUCCCCCCUUCCUCCAAGUUCCAACUACAACUAUUUUUCGCUCUGAAUGAGAAGUUGCAGGGUUAGUAUAGUCUUGAGGGUUAUUGGCUGGAACCACACCCCUCAUUUGAUCUGAAUUGCAGGUGGUUUCUUCAUUUACCAUGGUUUGAGUAAAUUAUCUGUAGAUAAACUUGACUGGAGCAAUUUCAUCGUACUGGAUGUUAGUUUGUCCUAAAUUGUGAAUAACCUGAAAACAGGAUUCCUACUGCCUUCACCUUUACCUGGACAGUGCCGGACUGCUUUAACAUUUGGGGACUUGUGCAUGUGUUGAUGCUUGGAUUUAAAUCCCACUGGCCGGCAGAGCAGCUGCUCUAUUGAAAGCUCCAAACUGCCUUCCAUUUAACAUUGUUUUCUUAGUGUGUGUUUUCUUUCACAUGAACUUUGUGUUGAAAUUCUAGGUCCUGCACACUGAACUGAAAUGUUGUUCACAACUUUUUUUAAAUUGUUUAAUGGAAUUUGUGUCAAAAGGUGUAAUGAAUUUGUGACCACUGGCUGCUCUCAUUGGAAGGGCUUGCACUUUUCUACCAUUAAUUUUCAGUAUGGGCAGUUCUGUCUGGUCAGUGCCUAUCAGUUUUUGCUGUUUAAUGAAAACUGUGAUACCAGGUUACCUGUGCAGCCAAUGUUUUUUGCUGUGUUUUGCUAUUGUAACUAUGAAUUGUAACUUUAAAAGGAAACUGAGGGCCAUAUGGGGUAGAAGUCUCUAAAUCACAGCUGCACAUGUACUGUAGUGACUGUAGUCCCACCCACUGUUUUGAGCUGUUGGGUGGAGUGAUGUUUUUUCCAGAUGGAAAAGAGUAAAUGCUGUCAGUCUGGAUUAAUUUCACUGACAGCAGCUUGUCAUUUGGUGCCCAGCCUAAAGCUGUAAGGUGGACCUUGGCAUGCUCGAAAUACAGGGCCAAGAACCCUGCAGUGGUGGACGAUGAUGUACUCCCAACAUGAUAGGGGGAGGGGAUAGGGAUAAAAGUCUUGGGUUAGGAGAAAGUGUACUGAAAUGUGUGGGGUAAAGACUUUUUCAUGUAUAACUGUGAAUGUAUUUAUUGUUUCAUUACUCUUUUCUUAAGCUGCUUGGUUGAGGAAACCAAGCAAUCUGUAUGAAGUUUAAGAUGCUCAGCUAAUUUGAUUUUAUUAAAUAUAACAAAACAUUAAA